AUGGAAGUUAUUACCUUAGCUACAGUUCAUUCAGGUAAGGAAGUUAGGGAGGAUCCAACUGUGCAGAAGCCACCACUUUGUUCUCUUCAACCUGAAAAAGAAGCAUCUUGUUACAUGUUGCCAAAAGCUCAGAACAAGUUGUUUUUACCACAAGAUAGGUUUUGUGAAUUUGCUAAGCUAUCUCCAAUGAAGCUUCUAAAAGAAACAGAGAAGGUUGUAGGUGAUCCUCAACUUCCUGUUUUGCAUCGUGCCUUUGUUGAAACAAGUGCAAAAGUACAAAGAUCUGAACAAGUUGUUGAGAAGAAUAAAGAAAUCCUAAAUCAGCUAAAAGCACUCAAUGCUGAACACCAACAAGAUGUGGAGCGUGUUCGCCAAAGAGACGAACUUUUAGCCAAGGAAUUCUCACAUAAUUAUAAAGAAUUCCAUCAUACCAAAAAAACUUUCCAAGCAGUGUGUGAAUACACUGAGUUCAUGCACCUCCCAUGGAAGUUUACACAAGACGAAACCAUGAAAAGAGCUUCUAUAAUCGACAAUCAGAGGAGAAAACCCUACUAA